ACCGCCAUAUAUUCCCCCAAUUGACCUCCUCUAAUCCAACUCAUUCGAUCCAAACCGCGAACAAACAUCCAAAAUGCCAGCCAUGCUCGACGACCCGACCUCUGCGCCCAUCGCACGGGAGGUCCUACAACCCACCCUCACCCCUCUUAUCGUCACCUUAAAAGACGGCACCACAAAAGCCACCAUCAUCCCCUUCACAUCCGUAACGCAAGUCCCACCCCGCCUAAUAAACUACCUCUGGUCUCAAAUGUCCCUCGAAAUCGAGAAAGGCGACACCUACCCUAUGGCCGAGCCUCUCCCGCUCUCCACCUUCGGACCCUACUGGUUCGCGAAAUUUGCCGCCGUCAUGCUGCUCGGCGAGCAUGGUAGCGUGGCGGACGUGACUGCCAUGGACGCCGCCGAGGAUGUGGAGUGGGAGAAAGUUUGUCUGGGGACGUUCUACAUCAAGCCGAAUUAUCCAGGGCGGAGUAGUCACGUGUGUAAUGCGGGUUUCAUCGUCACGGCUGCGAGUCGGAAUCGCGGGGUUGGGAAAUUGUUGGGGAAGGCGUAUCUGGAGUGGGCGCCGAAGUUGGGUUAUACGUAUUCGGUGUUCAAUUUGGUCUACGAGACUAAUGUUGCGUCCUGCAAGAUAUGGGAUUCGCUCGGCUUCGAAAGAAUAGGAAGGGUGAAGAAGUGCGGAAAGUUGAAGAGUUACCCUGGGAAGAGGAUCGAUGCUAUUGUAUUUGGGUAUGAUUUCGAGCCUGAUUUGACGGAAUGAGCGGGUCUUUGUAUGAUUGUAAUGUGAUAAGGUCUGUAGAACAGAAGAUGAAUCAAUGCAGGG